AUGCAGUUCAAGAGCAUCGUCGCCGUUCUGGCCACCGGCCUGUCCCUGGUCGCUGCCCAAGAUGUCGACACCACCACCACGUCGACCCAGACCAUGACCAAGACGGUCACCAUCACCCAGUGCAACCCGUCCGCAACCAACUGCCCGGGCCACUCCACCUCCACCACCACCUCGACCACGACAAGCUGGGCAUCAUUCCCUGUGUCCAACUCGACGAGCACCCGCGGCCCCACCGCCGGUUCUUCCUUCCCCCCCUCCUCCAGCUCUCGUGCCACCCUCGCCCCGUCCUCGAGCCGCGAGGUGACGUCCACCAGGACGACGGCCGCUCCAUCUUCGACAGUCUCCACCGCCGCUGCCGGCGGUCUCUUUGUCCAGCCUGCUGUGCUCCUCGGUGUGCUCGGCGCUGGCGUUGCUCUCUUCGCUUAA